CACACACACGUACACACACACGCACGCGCCGUUGUCAUAGGCGUUGAAGGAAGAGGAUUUUCCUUCCCUGAGGAAUAAACAAAAUCUGCGCCAAACUAGGAGAAGCCAAAAUAAGGGCGACCAUGAGUUUCCUCGCUGGCCCCAUGCCCCUGGCCUCCUCCCCCCCCCUGGCGGAAGAGGAGGCACUCGGCGGAGGAGGAAGGAAGGUAUUCAAGGAAGAGAGACUCGAUGAGGACACCGAGGAAGAGACAUGCCUGGAAAUUAAGGAAGGAGGAAGGAAGGUAUUCGGCGUCAAGGAAGAGAGACUCGACGAGGACACCGAGGAAGAGACGUGUCUGGAAUUUAAGGAGGAACCGCUCGACUUCGCAGAUGAUUUCGCGACAUCAGAGGACUUGGUGACAUCAGAGGACUUGGUGACAUCAAAGGACUCGCGCGGCUCGGUCGAGGGACGGAAUGCCUCGUUAGGAAGGCCGUUCGAGGAGGAGAAUUGUCUGGAUAAGAGGAUGUCCGAUGGGGGGGAGGAGAGUUGUCCGGAUAAGAGGACGUCCGAUGGGCAUCAGGCGGCGUAUGAGGAACCCCUUGCGGACGACCAACGAGGAACGGGAAACGCAGGCAAGCAAUCUGCGUGCGAGAUGUGCGGCAAGAAAUUCUCCCAAACGAGGUACCUCACCAUCCACAUGAGAGUCCAUACGAAGGAGAAGCCCUACACCUGCGAGGUCUGCCACAAAGGCUUUUCGCACAAGACCAACCUUCUAAAUCACACGAGAGUCCAUACGAAGGAGAAGCCCUACAGCUGUGCCAUAUGCAAUAAGGCCUUUUCAGUGAAGACCAAUCAGGUGAACCAUAUGAGAGUCCAUACCAAGGAGAGACCCUACAGCUGCGAGGUCUGCCAGAUGGCCUUCGCGUUGAAGAGUGUCCUGAUAAAGCACAUGAGAGUCCAUACGAAGGAGAAGCCCUACAGCUGCGAAGUCUGCCAUAAGGCCUUUUCGCACAGAACCAACCUCCUGAACCACACGAGAAUACACACAAAGGAGAGGCCCUACGGCUGUGACAUUUGCAGCAAGGCCUUCCCGUCCAAGAGCAAUUUAUCAAAGCACAUGAGAGUCCAUACGAAAGAGAAGCCCUACACCUGCGAGAUCUGCAAUAAGGCUUUCUCGCACAGAAAUAGUCUGGUCAACCACACGAGGGUACAUACAAAGGAGAAGCCGUACAGCUGCGAAGUCUGCAACAAGGCCUUUUCGUGGAAGAAUUACGUCGAGAAGCACAUGAGAGUACAUACCAAGGAGAAGCCCUUCACAUGUAAGCUCUGCGACAGGUCAUUUGCCUUCAAAAACCUUCUGGCAAAGCACACAAGAGUCCAUACCAAGGAGAAACCCUACAGCUGCGAAGUGUGCAAUAAGGCCUUCUCGUGGAAAAGCAAUCUAGCCUGUCAUAGGAGAGUACACACUAAAGAGAAGCCCUACUGCUGCGAGAUCUGCGACAAGAACUUCUCACACAAAGCUAGUCUGCUGAAGCACAUAAGCAUCCAUACAAAGGAGAAGCCACUUGGGAGAAAAGUCAACGAGUCAGGCACAUGAGAGCACAUACAAAAGAGAAGCAACACAGCUAUGAGAUUUGAAGUAAGGCCUUAUCACAUAGGUGUCUAUUGGCCAUUUGCAACAAGAACUCACAUAAAACUAGUCUAGUUAGCCAUGUUAGAGUAUUAUUACUAAUGUCAUUAUCAUUAUUGUUAUUGUUAUUAUCAUUAACAUUAUUAUUGCUGUUGUCUUUAUAUCCCUACUAUUAUUAUUAUUAAUUUUAUUAUAAUUAUUAUUCUUACUUUUGUUACUACUUUAAACCUCUUUCCAGAGGUAUUGAGAUAACAGGUAACUGAGCAGUGUAAACAAAAGCAAAAGACUCGACUCACGGGUUGAAACCAGCCGCCGACUCCGAUCGCUGAAGGUAAUGUUUUUUUUAGGUUAUCCGUACGGGGCAUUAUUGUUGUUGUUCGGGUACAUUGUCAAGGGAAUUCACUGUAGGACCUAUUUUAGUCCUUUGCGAAGUGAUAUUUCUCGGUAUAACUUUGGAGGAGGUUACGAGGGAGUGUAAAAGAAAAAGAAAAAACAUUUUUUAUAAGUACGGUGUAGAGAGUUAACUGCUCUGAUGCAGGUAAGUGUUAAGCCCGAUAGAUUCUCACCCAUAGUGAUUCGCGGUCACUUAAGGACGCGUGAUUUUAAGCGGGGGAGUUAUGUCAUUGGCCAGAAGCAGUGACACUCUAGUUAUGCUACACUCUAGAGAGAGAGAGAGAGAGAGAAAUAGAGAUAGACAUAGAGAGAGAGAGAGAGAGAGAGAGAGAGAGAGAGAAAUAGAUAGACAGAGAGAGAGAGAGACAGAGACAGAGAGAGAGAGAAAUAGAGAUAGACAUAGAGAGAGAGAGAGAUAGUGAUAGAGAGAAAGAGAGAGAGAGAAAUAGAUAGACAUAGAGAGAGAGAGAGAGAAAGAGAUAGAAAUAGAGAUAGACAUAGAGAUAGACAUAGAGAGAGAGAGAGAGAGAGAGAGAGAGAGAGAGAGAGAGAGAGAGAGAGAGACUCAUUCAUGAAACAUUAGAUAAAAUGUAACGCCUAGUUACUUGUUCUGAUAAAUGGGAAUCCCAGAGUUCGAUAGUAGCGAGGCUGUAGUCAUAGAAAUUGUGCUUUAUGUUAGGGGGUCCAAUACUCGUGGACGAUCUUGGUGCUUACUUUAUCUGGACAUAAGGGCCAAAAUACCAAAUCGCCUCCUCAAACCGUCGCCUCACCAACCGAACAACCAGUCCCUUUGUCUAAGUGACCUGGCUUCCCCGGGUCUACCCACCGUGGAGGCCGUUAAACUUGGUGGAUCGUUAAGGGAAGGUGAAUUAGUGUUAACUCCAGGAACUCAUUA